AUGGGUUUAGCACUACACGACAGUUGUGAUGCAUUAGAUCUCACCCAGCGGUACCUGUCCCCCGGCCCCUCGCAGGUCAGCAGGCCGCGCCCCCGCGCCCACUACAACGGCGCUUACUAUCACGCCGAUGGCUCCAUCGUCCUCAACAGGGAGCUCGCCGAACAUAAGCUCCCUCUUCUCGGUCUCGUCCUCGUUGCCAACCAUCAGAAAGCAACAAGGUCGCAACGGCGAACCCGUCGUCGCCCGAUUUGUCGGCCCAACCGGCAAUGGAGCAUCGGCGAGGCGGCCGAGGGCCGCGCUUUGGCCAUGAGUAGCCAGAAACUCCCCGGUGGGCAGCGUCGUCGCACGCCGUCCCUGGAGAGGGAGGAGGCUUUCAGGGAUGCUCGCACCACGAAGUCUCUCACUUACCCGCAAGAUGCACGCGACAUCUCCGAACUAUAUCGCGUCGGCCUCCUCUACGACGAUGAGCACCUGCGCGGUUCCGGCUUCGGCUUCGAGGCCAUCGACCGUGCUGGGCCCGAGUAUACCAUCCGCCCGGCCAAGAGGGCACGCAAGACCAGAGCCCCGGAAGUCUCGCACGACGACGACUUGCAACUUGCAUUGGACCUUACGCUUGCAGAACUUGGACACGGCGAAUCUUUCGCUCAGUUUCUCUGCUCACCCGACCUUGAAGAGUCAUCCUCGGAUACCGAAUCCACCCCCAGUACCUACAGCGCUCGAUUGGCACCCCUACACUUCGUCUCUGAAGUGUUGCAUUCCCCUCCGUACUUUAGCGACGACACUCCCGACAUGACGACUGACUCUGAGUCCGAAUCCGAGUCCGAUUCUAUUUCUGACGCAGAUGGAUCUGCAUGUAAACCACAUUGUACGAUGACCAGAGGAGGAAUCAGCGAACCAUCUUCAGCAAGCCACCAGGGCGCCAAAGCUUGGAUGGUGCUGGGUGACGGCUCGUAG